AAAGAAGGACAUUUCGCGCCAUAUUAGACGUAAAAAAUUUAUAGAAAAAACACAAAGAAAGCUUAUAAUAUUUAGCUUAUUGAACCAUAAAUAGACAUAUUAUAACAUUAUUGCACGAGAACUAAUACUAAGCUAUACUAAAGUUACAAGUAGGAGGCGGUAAAUCAUGGCAAAAGUCAACAUUGUCAAUGUAACAGUGCUGAGCAACCCCACAAAUUAUUCCAACACAUUCGAGUUCGAAAUCACGUUUGAAUGUUUAGAAGAUCUUCCAGAGGAUUUGGAAUGGAAGUUGAUAUAUGUUGGAUCUGCAGAGAGUGAAAAGUAUGAUCAAACUUUAGAUUCUGUAUUAGUUGGUCCAGUUCCAGGUGGUAAACACAAGUUUGUCUUUGAGGCUGACCCCCCUGAUACAACACAGAUCCCAACCCAAGAUAUCGUGGGUGUAACUGUGAUUCUACUAACAUGCUCUUAUAGAGGGAAGGAGUUUAUACGCGUAGGCUAUUAUGUCAACAAUGAAUACAGUGACCCAGAAAUGAAAGAGAAUCCCCCAGUUACCCCAGAAAUUGAUAAAUUACAGCGCAAUAUAUUAGCUACUGACCCAAGAGUGACCAGGUUCAAAAUAGACUGGGACGAUAGUGGCACCAGUCAGCAAGAAAAUGCUGAAAACAAUCCACCAAUCAGGAUGCCUGAAAAUGAAUCUAAUUUACUACCUCCAAGUACGAAUGGAAUAAAUACAUUUGGAGGUCCUCUUUGCUCAGACAAUAGAUUAGCAUCAGACCCCAUGCAUGCAUUGAAAAUGGAAGCUCAGUCGACAGACAGUAACAACAUGAUGGAAACGGAUCAAUAGUAAAUCUUUUAUAAAGAUUUCAUUUUGGAAUUCUAUCUCAGUUUCAUAUUUCGUAAUUUGUUUUUAAUUUGACACCAGUAAAAUUCAUUGAUUUAUAUUUCUCCUACUAGGUAUUUUAGGCUAAAGUAUUGUGGUAUGCAUUUAACCCAUGAUAGGAUAUGAUUCUUGAACCUAGACAAACUUUUAUAAUAUUCCUUACCCUGGUCUCAUCCUUCAUUUGAAAAAAAAAUUACCACACUUUAUUUGAAUGCUGGUGUCAAAUUAAUCACAUUUACAAAUAAGUACCUACUAUAUUCAUUAAACCUUCAUCAUUGCCAAACCCAUGAAGUUAUUAGAAAAUGAAUUUCGGAUUUAUGUUUUUUAUUAAACAACAUGGGUGUAUCAACUUGUCUGAAUGAUUCCUGCCGAUAAAUGGUACAAAUACACUUUGUACACAACUUCUGUUUUACAGUUUUGAGUAUUAUGUUAAUCUAUUUGGCAUCUGUCUGAGUAAGUAUUGUCUUAAACAUGCCUAUGCUAUAUGGCUGCAUUUGUGUCCCAAUUUUCUCCUCGUAUUUUUACCCAAAUUGCUUGUUUUCGCUAAUUUAGCAGUUGUUUCCAUGUUAUAAUGGACCUUUCUGAUAAAUCCUGCAAUCUUUCGGUACAUAAAUAAAGCUAUGAUAUAUUGGCGAGAAUGAUUGAUGAUGUCAUAUGUUGUAACUUCAAUUAUGGAGUUAGUUUCAUUUGUAAUUGUAAUUCUUUUGCAUUGGGAUUCUUGAUGUGUGUUGACUCAAUUUAUUUGCAUUUACUGUAGGCCUAGUUAUACCUAAAUAAUUCCUUACUGAAAGUGCCAUGCCAUUUAAAUCCGUUAAAUUAAAUGGGUGCCAAUAUUGAGAAAAUUGUCAAAAAACAUUGUCAAAUUAAUAAGGAAUACAAAAAUAGUCAUAUAAUACCAUAGGAGUAUUGCAGUAUAUGUUCAUUGUUGUUUAUUGUAUUUAAUUGUUGUGUGAUAAGAUAAGCAGCUUGGUGUGAAUUAGGUACACAUUUAAGAAAAACAGUACAUAUUGCAAGAUAAGCAACAACAAUCAAAUUGGCAAAUUGUCAGGAAGAGAGCAGCUGAAGUUCAUAGUUUUCAUGCAGAUUUGCAAAGCAGAAGUACGUUUUAGAAAUAGUAAAGUCAUUUCUCUCAGAACCAAUCAUAAUGAUCAACAGUUGCAUACUGCAUAGUUACACAAAGUUAUAUCGUAUAUACAUAGUUACAUCAUUUAUGUACACCAUGUAAUGACCACUGACCAAGAAAUAUAAAUAUUAUUUUAUAAUUACAUACU